AUGAAGAGAGCCCGCACUGGCCUCGAAGCGGAUGAGCAUGGGCCGGGGGACGCUUCCGACUCUGCUAUUCGCCGAUCCAAAGUGUCGAGAAAGAUACGAGCCUGCCAGCAAUGUCACACGCGCAAGAUUCGAUGCGUUACAGACGACGGGGCCCCCAAGUGCAUACGUUGCACCAAGAAUGGCUUAGAAUGCGUCGUGAACAAGAAUCUGCAAGACCUGUUAGAGGGGGAAUAUGACUGGAAAAAGACCAUGGAGCAACAGAUGGAGUCCAUGCGCGCGUCCAUGGUAGACAUGAAGGCGAAACUCGACAACCUGCAAUCAACUCAGCAGCAAAUGACGCUCGCCACCACCUCCCCAGAUACGGUCUCCCGUCUCACAGCUCCAACGCCUCAUUUGACUGCCAUGACGAGAGAGAACUCGCCCGAGACUCAUAGCGCCUCUAAAGACGACGGUGCCAUCGUCGAUGCUCCUAUGGUGAGUCUCUUUCGAGCGACAAAGCUACGCAACAUCAGAAGCGAUCCCAGUAGCGACGGCAGAGCAGCCCUGGACCGCCAUCGCCAGCCAGACUUCAUCUCUCAGGGACGGAUCAGUCUUGCUGAGGCAGAACAUCUCUUUGCUGCAUUCCAGGGCACGCUCAACGCUUACCUCUGGGGCGGUGUCGCUCUCGUCCACGAUACCCUGUCGUCAGCCAGGGAGUCGUCCUCACUCCUCGUCGCAGCCAUCUUGGCCGUUGCCGCCCUCCAUACCCAAGACGAUGGGCAGAGCUUCGACCGCUGCUACGUCGUGCUAGCCGAGCUCGCUAGCCAGGCCAUGUUCCAGCGGUACCAUACUCUAGACGACAUCCGGGGCCUCUGCAUCGGUGCCUUCUGGCUUUCAGACCUGAGCUGGAAGCUUUCUGGGCUUGCUGUGCGCAUCGCUACGGAGCUCAACAUCCACCAGCAUUGCGCCAGGGCUCUACGUGGGGAGACUUCGCAUUGCGAGAAGGCUCGGCUGUGGUAUCUCCUAUACGUUUGUGAUCAUCACUUCAGCAUUGCGUACGGGAGACCGCCUGUCAUAGCUGAGGAUGUGACUUUGAUCAAUCAUGAGGGAUUCCUUGCUCUUCCAGGGGCCAGCGGCGCCGAUGUGCGCCUGCAUAGUCAGGUCAGCAUAUUCAUCAUCCUCAGCCGUACUUACAGGACGUUUGGCCUGGAUCGAUCACGGGUCGUUGCGAACGACGAGUUUGAUGCGAUACGCCGUUACAAUGGCGAGUUAGGGCAGUGGAAGCAGACUUGGGAGUCACGACUAGGCGAGCUAGGGUGCGAUCCGCAGAUUGGCGAUUACCCAAGGAAAGGGGUUGUGUUACACUACCACUUCGCCCGACUUCUUCUGUUCUCCGUCUGUCUGCAGGGUCUCCAACCUACUGAUGACUUUCUCAUCUCUCUCGAGAGACAAGACUUCAUCAACACUGCCGUAGACAGCGCAUGCGCAGCACUCCGUUUAAUCCUGGAAGACUCCGAUAUGCGCCGCGCCGUAGUGGGAGUCCCCUUGUACCUCCUCACCACGAUCGCGUACUCGUCCAUCUUUCUGAUCAAGGUCUGUUCGUCGUGGAGGGCUGUUGUCGUACACCUCUCGGUGGACGACGUAGUCAACCUUGUCGGCCCCAUCAUCUCCAUGCUCAAUGCGACACAGGCCUACGCAAGGCAUGUAGCGCAUUACAUUGGGCAAGGUCUUAGUACCAUGCUUGGCAGGUUCAAGUCAGGAGAGUCGGCGAGAAGUGUACUCAUGCCGCAAGAUCCCAACAACAGGACGUCGGAAGUGCCUCAAGACUCGCGACCAGCCCAACAACAGGAUUGGGAUCUGAGCUACAGCUGGAUGAUGGGGGAUCAGCUUGGGAUGGGGCUAGAAUACUACCCAGGAGACCUGCUCGGGAUCAUUGGAUCGCAGAUGGCAGAGUAAUUGCCUGUUUGAGUUCUGGAAUCAUUGAAUUACAUGCAUACAUAAUAAUAAACAAGACCAAUUACUGCC